AUGGCGAAGGUUCGAAGGGAGGCUGACCUGGAGGCCAGCCAGACAAGGGUUGUGGGAGCUUUACCUACUAAAAAGGGAGACCUUCUCAUUAAAAUUGGAGGGUCUUCAAACAAGAAGCUGUUCACCGAGGAGGUGACAAAGAUAAUCGGCGAUUUGGGUAAGGUGCAGAUGGCGGAUCGGCGAACUACGCUGGAAAUCCGCGACAUGGAUGCCCUUACUGAGAAGGAAGAUGUUGAGGAUGCCCUGGAGAAAGUUUCCACAGUUCCAGCUGGAAGCAGAAAGGUGACGGUCCUUGGGCCAAAUAAGCGAGGAGUGAAACUCGCUGUUGUGGUCAUCAGCCAGGAAGAUGCUGAUAAGCUGGAGAAGGUGGGUCACGUAAAGAUUGGAUUCGUGUCCUGCAGGAUCAGAAGUAGAGUGAUGGUCAAAAGGUGCCAUAGGUGUCUUGACUAUGGUCAUAUAGGUCGAGACUGCAAUGCAGUAGAUAGGUCGGCUGCGUGCUUUAAGUGCGGAGAAGCCGGCCAUAAGGCAGCAGACUGUAAGAAGAGCCCAUGCUGCUUCUUAUUCAAGGCGAAGUUCGGCGAAAAGGAGAACAUCCAACAUGUAGCUGGAUCAGGGAGUUGCAAGGUCUUUAGAACUGCCCUCGAGGAAGUAAAGAAGACUUUGUCAAGGACAAGGAGAAAAUAA